UUUAAUUCGUUUUGUUUUUUUUUUUGAGCUACAGCUUUGCUAAAUUCUCGUCUAGAAGAGAAUCGCUGAAGAUGUUUUACACCUGCGGCCCCAAUGAGGCGAUGGUGGUGUCAGGGUUUUGUCGUUCUCCUCCCUUAAUGAUAAAUGGAGGCCGAGUGUUCGUCUUCCCCUGUAUCCAGCAGAUCCAACGGAUUUCCCUGAAUACUCUGACACUGAACGUGAAGAGUGAUAAAGUGUAUACCCGCCAUGGCGUGCCCAUCUCUGUCACUGGGAUUGCGCAGAUGAAGAUUCAGGGUCAGAAUAAGCAGAUGCUGGCUGCUGCUUGCCAGAUGUUUAUGGGGAAGUCAGAGGUGGAAAUCGCUCAGAUCGCUUUGGAGACACUGGAGGGGCAUCAGAGGGCCAUCAUCGCACACCUGACUGUGGAGGAGAUCUACAAGGACCGCAAGAAGUUCUCUGAGCAGGUAUUUAAGGUGGCUUCAUCGGACCUGGUGAACAUGGGAAUCAGCGUGGUCAGCUACACGCUCAAAGACGUUCACGAUGACCAGGAUUACCUGCAUUCUCUUGGGAAGGCUCGAACUGCCCAGGUUCAGAAAGACGCGCGCAUCGGCGAGGCCCAGAACAAGAGAGAUGCUGUGAUCAGGGAGGCCCAUGCGAUGCAGGAGAAGAUUUCGGCUCAGUUUAAGAACGAAAUUGACAUGGCGAAGGCCCAGAGGGACUAUGAGCUGAAGAAGGCGGCCUAUGACAUCGAGGUUAACACGAAGAAGGCAGAGUCUGAGAUGGCCUACCAGCUGCAGGUAGCAAAAACAAAGCAGCGCAUAGAGGAGGAGAAGAUGCAGGUCCAGGUGGUGGAGCGGACGCAGCAGAUCAUGCUGCAGGAGCAGGAAAUCAUCCGCAAGGAGAGGGAGCUGGAGGCCAAAGUGAAGAAACCAGCAGAGGCCGAGAGGUUCCGCCUGGAGAAACUGGCUGAAGCUCAGCGUCUUAAGUUGAUCAUGGAGGCAGAGGCUGAAGCCGAGUCCAUCAGGAUGAAAGGUGAGGCAGAGGCUUUCGCGGUGGAGGCCAAAGGUCGCGCUGAAGCCGAGCAGAUGUCGAAGAAGGCAGAGGCUUUCCAUCAGUACAAGGAUGGAGCGAUGGUGGACAUGUUGCUGGAAAAACUGCCUCUGAUGGCAGAAGAGAUCAGUAAGCCUCUGUGCGAAGCCAACAAGGUUACCAUGGUGUCCAGUGGAGCCGGGGACAUUGGUGCAGCCAAACUGUCUGGAGAGGUUCUGGACAUCAUGACCCGCCUCCCUGAUGCGGUGGAAAAACUGACUGGAGUCAGCAUCUCACAGGUGGCCUCCCGUACAGGCUGAAGAGAAUCCAGGACUGCCUGCUCAGCUGUUGGGGUUCUCCGUCUCUAUAUGUCUUAUUCUGUCCUCACGUCUGUGUCUGUCUUAUUGUCUGACCUGUUGCUGCUUUUUGUCUCUUGUGUCCAUGUGCAUGUUUUCUUUAUCAUUAAUCACUAACAAACCCAUGUGGUGCUCCGUUGGCGACACUUCCACUCGUUAUUUCAGCGGUUUUUGUACAUCUGCAUAUUU